AUGGGACAAAGUUUUUCCAAGCAAUCUCGAGUUCAAGGCGAUCAAGAAAGCAAACAAAAGAGUUUGGAUGCUGGGUGGGCGGCCUCUGUUUUGGCAAGCGAAAGAUAUCAGACGGGAAAAGAUGGACGUCAAGAUCAGAGCAUCGAAAGAACAAUGUGCGAAGCAAGCUCAAUAAAUAACAGUAAUGCGAAACUUGAAUCUGAUGAUACAGAUUGGGAUGACAUCGGGGUUUCUCACCGCGCAGUCACGUUUGCUAUGCCAGAUAUGAAGGAGAGAUUGAAUGAUUCAGUACGGGAAUUUUUACAUGGCAAGAAUCCAUCAACGGCCAGCCCAAGGGAUGAGUCAGAAAGAACGGAUAUCUCUAUUGCAACUCAAAGGGCAGCCGGCCCUGGAAAUCUUGGGGAAAAACUUAGAAAGAUUGAGGAGUCAUCCGCGUUCAAAGAUUUGGAGGACAACUCAAAAAAUGCUUGGCAAUCAUUACAUCGAGUCCCGAUUACAAGUGAAGUAUUAUCCAACUCUCAACAUCCAUCGAAAUACCCUCCAUUACCCGAGCCUUUAUUUCCUGAAUUUGAUGUCACUCAACUGAGCACCACCUCUCCGAAUAAUGAAAGAAAGGAAUGUCAGAAAAAAAGUGUUUCAUUUGGACAGAUGAGAUCAGUAACUGAGGAAGAACUUAAGACGAAAAAGGAUAGCAAAAAUGAUCCCCCGAAGCCCACCUCAGUUCAAGACACCAAGAACUCUGUGGAGGUCCCAUCAAACUCCAAAGCCGCAAGUUCUAUCACACCGAAGCAUGAAAAGAUGUUGGCGAAGAAGAAAGGCAAGAACCGCAGCAAAGUUCCUCCAAUGCCUACCCCAAGUCAAGAUACCAAGAACGCUACAGAGGCCGUAUCAAGUAGCAAAGCCGCAAGUUCUAUUACACCGAAGCAUGAAAAGACGUCGGCGAAGGAGAAUGGCAAGAACAGCAAUAAAGAUCCUCCAAAGCCUACUUCAAGUCAAGAUACUAAGAACGCUACAGAGGCCGUAUCAAGCAGCAAAGCCGCAAGAUCUAGCAUACCGGAGCAUGAACAGACGCUGGCGGAGAUGGAACAAUAUCUUGACGACGAUAAUAGUAUCUUUUAUAACGCUAUGGUAAUUAUGAACGGGACGAUCAAAGCUCAGCAGAAAAAACUGGAAGAACAAGAGCAGGCUCUGGAGAAUCUGAGGACACAAAUGAACUGUGGAGGUCUAAAGAUGUUAAAAGGUCUCAUGUACGUGCAUGAGGGACUUAGGGAACUUGAGAAGCUGGAGGAAUUUGUAUUCAAGUGUGAAUGUGGAAAGGAGUGUGGAAAAUUGAAAGGGUGGGGAGGGCCUGAAUAG